GCCCCACCUCCCACCAAGGCACUUCGUUAGGGGCACCAAGGCAGUCCUCUGCGGGGCUCAGCCUUCCAACCUACAGCCUGCCCCUCAGCCCGCCCCCAGACUGGGUGGCGUGACCCCCCCACACCCCCUACAAAAGCUCAGAGUUUCCAGCAGCAGCUUCCUCUGAGUCUGGUGCAGCUGGGGCCAGAGUUGAGGAACAGAAUCUUGCUGAGCCCUGCCUAGGCCCUCCCGCUGGGGUCAGGAAAUUUGGAGGAUGAGGCCCUUCAGCCCUGAGGUCAGCAGGGACAAGUGGGCAUACUGGUUUUCCUAGACCCAUCCUCUGCCAUGGCAAUCCACCGGCUUCCCACCUACGCCCUCUUCCUGAGCUUGCUCAGCAUGGCUAAAGGCUCCAGGAGCCCCAUGGUACCCAACCAGCCCUUCACCACCAUCUGGAAUGCAAACACGCAGUGGUGCCUGGAGAAGUACGGCGUGGACGUGGAUGUCAGUGUCUUCGAUGUGGUGGCCAACCCGGGGCAGACCUUCCGCGGCCCUGACAUGACCAUUUUCUACAGCUACCAGCUGGGCACCUACCCCUACUACACGUCUUCCGGGGAGCCUGUGUUUGGUGGCCUGCCCCAGAAUGCCAGCCUUGAGACCCACCUGGCCCGCUCCUUCCAGGACAUCCUGGCUGCCAUCCCUGCGUCGGACUUCUCAGGGCUGGCGGUCAUCGACUGGGAGGCGUGGCGCCCACGCUGGGCCUUCAACUGGGACACCAAGGACAUUUACCGGCAGCGCUCCCGGGCACUGGUCCGGGAGCAGCACCCCCACUGGCCGGCUCCUGAGGUGGAGGCAGCAGCGCGGAACCAGUUCCAGGAGGCUGCGCAGGCCUGGAUGGCGGGCACCCUCAGGCUAGGGCAAGCACUGAGGCCUCGUGGCCUCUGGGGUUUCUAUGGCUUCCCUGACUGCUAUAACUAUGACUUUCAAAGCCCCAACUAUACUGGCCAGUGCCCACCAGGGGUCAGUGCCCAGAAUGACCAGCUGGGGUGGCUUUGGGGCCAGAGCCGUGCCCUCUAUCCCAGCAUCUACGUGCCCGCAGAGCUGGAGGGCACAGGGAAGGGACAGAUGUACGUGCGGCAUCGCGUAGGUGAGGCAUUCCGUAUGGCUACGGGUGUUGGGGACCCCAGUCUGCCGGUGCUGCCAUAUGCUCAGAUCUUCUAUGACGGGACGAACCGCUUUCUGCCCCUGGAUGAGCUGGAGCACAGCCUGGGGGAAAGUGCAGCCCAGGGAGCAGCAGGAGUGGUGCUCUGGGUGAGCUGGGAGAACACAAAAACCAAGGAAUCCUGCCAGGCCAUCAAGGAGUACAUGGACACCACAUUGGGGCCCUUCAUCCUCAACGUGACCAGUGGGGCUCUUCUGUGCAGUCAAGCCUUGUGCUCAGGUCAUGGCCGCUGUGCCCGGCGCCCCAGCCACCCUGAGGCCCUCCUCAUCCUCAACCCCACCAGCUUCUCCAUCCAGCUUGCUCGUGGUGGCCGGCCCCUGACCUUACAAGGUGCCCUCUCACUUGAGGAUCAGAUGCAGAUGGCUGUGGAGUUCCAAUGUCGCUGCUACCGUGGCUGGAAGGGAGCACGAUGUGAGCAGCAGGGCACGUAGUGACUGGUCAUACACCAGGACACACACAUGGAGCCCCCUGUUUACCUUAAAAAUAAAGUAGUUAUUUUACCAGCAAAAA